AUGUCUGCCCUGAACACUUCCUCCUCCCGACUCUUGGUGUCCUGUAGGCUCCUGCCAAGAGCUGCCUCGAUAUUGUCGCGACUGCUUGUCCAAAAGCCUCAACAACCCAUCCUUCCACCGCCACCACCACAGCGCUGGAUUUCUGAUCUCCAGGCCCGCAUUGGCAAGUGCAUCACCUUCGGUUGCAGCGCAUCGCAAGUUCAGCAAGCGGCAGGAGUGCUACGAACCAUCGCAACGGAGUGGCGCGAACUGCUUGCUGGAAGCGAGGGGUUCCUGACCGAUGGUCGUGGAGGACUAGAUGGGAGGGGUGUUGCCUGGGGGGAGAUGGACAGUUUUGGUCAUGUCAACAACGUCAAUUACUACCGCUACGCCGAGACGGCAAGAGUCAAUUGGAUCACUCACUUUGCGGUUCAUACUGAUCCUACCCAUGGAGAGGAGUGGAAGGAGUUGAUGACACCUAGGUCGCCCCUGGUCUAUCCGGACAAGAUUUCCGUCUACCACAAGCUGCGCAGCAAGCCUUUGCCGGACUCACAAGGGAAUAACCCCAGUUCAUUUGUGCUGGACUGUAUUGUUCUUUCACACCAGCACCGGCGUGUCUCAGCUCGGCUAGAGGAGGAUAUUGUGGUCUAUGACUACCGGGCCUCCACGAAGACCGGCAUGCCUAGGUUUGUGCUGGAUGCUUUUGAAAGAACGUGGCAGCUGCAGGAACAGGUUGCACUGGAAGCACGCAGACGCAUCUGGGAACUGAUCGCUACGGUCGAGCGGCUUGAGAAGGAGACGUGGGACAGGCCAGAUGCGGUGGAAGAUAUGGGGUACGCAAUGAAGAAAAUGCCGUGA